AACUAUAUAUUUGCAAUUUUCGUGAAAAAUCCCACUCCAAUACCUGAGCACACCUCUAUAUCACUUGAGAAAUUGUCAUCAGUAGAGACCCUGAUCUCUAAGAGUGCACAUGUCUACUAAUUGCUCAAAUUCCAGUUAGCUAAAGCUAACUUUAAUAUCUGUGGUUUUCCAUUUCAACGGUUCAAUUUACCCGCCAGCGCGCAGCGCUUCACAAUACACCGUUCACUACAGAUCAAAUAAAUGAAAUUGAAUUAGCAACAAAGUUAGCUUAAGCUUUUUAAAUAUCAACAAGUUUAUAAUGGCGACUAAUUUCAAUCGGUUAACGAGUCCUCCUCCAUCUCUGCAACUGGGUCCCUUUGGGAUGGAAUCAUAUUGGUCAAGAAGAAGUAAUCAGAUUGGAAUUGCUGAUGAAUUGAGGAGAAUUUCCUUGAGACACGCGGAAAUUAAUGAGGAUCACUCAUUUGAUUCUAGCUCAAGUUCUUCAAGUUUAUUUCUUAAUUUACCACAAACAAAUGAUGAGCUUAGUUAUGCAGCACAGCUGAGAGCUCCAUCAAGAAUGAGCAGAACAUAUUCGCAAGAUCAAACUGAGUCUUCUUCUUCUUCUAAUGCCGGGCCAUCCUCGUCGUCCUCAUCGUCAUCAACAUCUUCAAUAUCGUCAUCUCCAGAAACUAUAUCACAUUCAUCUUCUCAAGCAGAACCACCACCGUCUUCAUCGUCAUCCUUGUCACUUUCACCAGAUGCCACAUCGCAUUAUUAUUGCUCCCAGUUGGCAUUAUCAGUGGCUGAAUUAAAUUUACGAAGCAUUUGUGAGGUUCACAACAUCGCAUUUGCCAACUACUGUCAGACCUGCAAUGUGCCAAUUUGCAAGAGAUGUCGAGCUCCGUAUCACAGGACACACGCCACAGUCACUAUCAAGGAAAGUCUCGAAAUCGCAAGACACGAGUCCAUGAAAGUCUUCAGAGAGAUUGCGAACACUUUACAGGAAAUUGAUAGAGACCUUGGAACCAUAACUAUGGAGUACUCGACACUGAAAGACAGAGCGAAACAAACAGCUCAGGAGUUGGACAAAUGUUGGAUGCUUCUGAACGUGACAAUGGAUGACAGGCGAAGAAAACUGUUUCAAGAAAUUGAAAAUGCGAGGAUCUUGAGAAGAGACAUAUUGAAGGAAAAAAUAAAAAGUCUGAAGAACUGCCAGAAGAAAUUGAUCAACUUGUUCAGCGUGCAGCAGUUAGCUCUGACUUCCACAAAUUCGACAAACAAUCCUUUCCAUUUGCGCGUUGCCAAUGGCAAAGCGAUUGGAGUGACAUUCGAAGUUGAAGAGACGCGAAAAGCAGUGAUGGAACUCGAGGAAAGCUGGAUUGGUUUCUCAGGUUCGGAGAAACCUUUACUAGACGCUCUCUCGGCGUUCGGGUCUCUCAAGCUGACUAAUCCAGGACCAAUUGGCGAUCGUCGAAUGAUUCGCGGACGAGGACCUCCCGACGCAUGGCGGGAGCAACAUCCGCUGGCGCCGAAGCCUCAUCCGAUUUCCUCGAGUCCCCGAGGAAGACCGAUCGCCGCGAGCGUCUACCGCGUCGUCGUCUGGUGCGAGAAGCCGCACUCUUCCAUCUUCUACCCUCCACCCAUCAAACUGAUCGGCAAGAACACCGUCGAGCCGGAGAAUCCCGACAACCUCUGCCGACCGUGGGGCGUCGCCUGCGACAAGGACAACAACAUCUACGUCGCCGACAGGUCCAACAAUCGUGUCCUCGUCUUCCGAGAGAACGGCUGCAUCGUCCGCAGAAUCGGCUCCUACGGCGCUGGACCCGAGCAGUUCAACAGACCCGCCGGCAUCACCAUCGACGAGCGCCGUCGCAUCAUCGUCGCCGACAAGGACAACCACCGCAUCCAGAUUCUCACCCUGAUGGGCAACUUCCUGCUCGAGUUCGGCAAGAAGGGCUCCGACCCUGGCCACUUCAACUACCCCUGGGACGUGGCGGCCAACACCGCCUGCGAGAUCGUCGUCUCCGACACCAGGAAUCACCGAAUUCAACUAUUCAGUCCCGAGGGUAUUUUCCUCCGGAAAUUCGGAAUGGACAGCACUUUCGGGGCAUUCAAACUCCUCGAUUCGCCCCGAGGAGUCGCCUUCACUCCCGAGGGAAACAUCAUCCUCACGGACUUCAACGCCCACCGAAUCCUCUGCGUCGACUACAAGUUCAUGAACGCCAAAGUUCUGAACUGCGAGGGUGGCAUGCGGCCCGCCAACAACUUCCACAGACCGCAAGGCGUCAUUGUCGACGACGACGGCAACAUCCUUGUUUCCGACUCCAGAGGCUACCGAAUCAUGGUCUUCAACAAAUUCGGAGCCUUCCUCAACGAAUUCGGCAAGCAGGGCGACGGAAUCGACGAAGUGGACCGCCCCUCCGGCAUUGCUCUCCUCACCGACGGCAGAAUCGUCUUCGUCGACUUUGGUAACAAUCGAGUCGUCAUUCGUUAAUUCAUUUAACCAAAUAAUUUUGGUUUCUCUUACCAAAGUUGACAAAUUUUACGUGCAUGUAACACGUUUUUAACGUGAAUAACUAGCCUUUUAAUUUUAUAUUAUUUAUAAAUAAUUCUCCAAGCUUCACAAGCAACACAAACAACACAAGCAACAACAAGUGCCAUAAAAAAUACUAUGAUCAAUUUCUCUUUUUCUCUAGAAAAAAAUUUCCAAUAAUUUCUUAUAUUUAAGAUCAGGGUUUUUAAUCAAAUUUUUGGAAAAAGUAUCGAAUUUUAAGGGCCUUGGACACUCUGUUUCAAAAAUCAGAAAGAUAACUACGUAUUUGACAAAAACGUACACUAUACUUUUAUUUUUGUUUUUUCAACAAAUUAAAAAUAUUGCGAUACAAAAAAUCAAAAUUUAUUUAUAAAUUUGCUUUAAAGAGAGAUUAUUAAAAGAUUUUAAUAUCCUGAGAUAAUAUUAUUCGUUCAAAAGAAACUUUUUAAAAAAAGAUUUUUUCACUAGUCAUAUGUAUAGAAAUAUAUAAUUUUUGAAAAUUGUAAAAUUCUGCUUAAAAAAGGAAAGGAGGCAAACACUUAUUAAUUGCAGACAUUUUUUUUUUUUUAAUUUACAUCAGAAAUUCAAAAAAUAUGGAAUAACUGUAAAGUGGAUUAUUUCCUGCUAUAUGACAGUUUAAUUGCCAUGUUAACAAAACAAAAAAUGUAUUUAGGCUUUAUAUCCACUUGCAGGGAACAGAAAUAAUUCUUUUUAAAAGUCAAAAAAAAAAAAAAAAAAAAAAAAACUGUCAUUCUGCCUUAAAAUAAAAUUGUGCAACAAUAUUGUUAUCUGGCUUCAAUAAUUGACGAUAAUUGAUAUACAAAUAAUCAGCAGCACAAUUGUAUAGUCUUUUUUUUCAUUUUUUUUUCUUCGCGAAUGAGAGGUGUGAAAGAAAAUUUGUUUUAAAAAAAGUUAAUGAUUUUAUCAAUUUAUGAUUAUAAGUCCAAGUCUUAAAAUGUAAUUUGUAUUAUUAUAUAUUCUUUGAAUAUUUUCCAAUAACUUGGAAAUAAUUAAAUAUAGAAUUUUUAUAUAUAUUUUUUUAAAUUGUAAUGAAUUUAUCACUCAAUUUACUAUCUAUACAUUUAUAUACUGAUUGACGAUAGUAUCAUGUAAUGUUUAUUUUUUAUCAUUGAUCUAUAUAUUCGUCGUAUGUUUAAGGACUAAAUGACAAUAAAAUUUUAAGGAUAA